AGGCUUGCCGCAGUUCUUGGCGGGACGUAGUUCACCGUCACUCGUCGCGUCGCACGGACGUAGACGAAUAAAGUGCAAGGUAGUCGGUGCGGCGUAAGGUGCCGUCGGUCGAUUGAAAUUUUACGGUUUUGGGACAUGACUCUGUAGAGUUAUACUUCGGAAUCGGAGAGAAAGAUAAAUAAAAUCUUACGUCGAACCGCACCGAAUAUCGUCAGUGGAGAAUGUUUCACUCGUAUUUUAUCUCUUUUCUCUGAAAAUAUUAUCCAGAAUAUCCGAUAAUCUGCUUACCGUUCGUUCGAUUUUCCACACUCCGGGUCGAGGUGAGGAGCAAAAAAUCUUGUCACGAGUUCUACGCCACCGAGAUAAUUGGAGAAAUGUCGGGAGGACGUUCGAUUGUAUUGCGCUGAUGAUAAGUGGAAAAAAAUCAGUGAUUGACUUUAAAUUUUAUACGGAGUUGGUGUUGUGUAUAUUUUGGUGUUGAGGGUUCGAUUGUUCUGGUGAAAAAUAUCGUUCUCGUGACCAACGGCAUGCUUAUCUACGAUGCACAGAUGAAAAUGAACGGUCCAGUUUACGCUUCUUCGUGUCCAGCCCUCCAGUCAAAUUUGUCUUUGCACAGUUCUUCGUUCUAUAGCGAGUACAGUGGAAGCACAAGAAGACGAUUAUCGUCGACGGGAGAAGCAGAUACAUCCGCCACCUCUAGUUACGAGGGCAGUGACAGUUCUGAACACAGUGACGAAACACGCUUGGAUCCAGUCAGUCAAUUGGAACGUGAACAACUCGAAACCUUCUUUCGGGGACUUAAGACACAGGUAUUCGUCUGCGAGUCGCUGGCCAAUUUAUACCUGGGCAACGCGUCUCAGCUUGGAACGUGGGAGCUUCGAUUCACCGGAAUCCCAGUCGUGGUUCUCGACUUGGGAGAGACAAGAUCACGUUCAAAAAGACGCAUUCAAAUUCUUUUAGCGGAACGCGGGACCUGUUUUACGCUGUGGAGAGAAACGAUCGACAACUUGUCGUCCUACAAGGUUUCCGGUGCAGCUUUCCACACGAUGUGUCUCUCUUUAGAUCACACCCGACUCGCCGGUUUGAGUUUCGACAAUUCAAAAGCUGCUAAUGACCUAUGGCAGCAUAUCGAGCGUCUGGUAUCCUGCCCUGAGAACAUCAGUCUUUCGGCCCCUGGUAAAAAGAAAAAAAAAUCACCACAGAAGAAAGUAGUUCUUCCUGCAAAGAGCAACAUUAGCCAACCUUGUCAAUUUCAGCACGUUACUAGCGUGGACGCUGCGGACAGGUCGCGUUAUUUUUCACUGCAAACUCUAGUGCCGAUUCUUACCCAAGUGGAAGACUCCUUGGAAACGACGUACUAGACGUCAAAUAAAUAUGUUAGUCUCUAAAACCCUGACUCACGCAACAAAAAAUGCUGGACAAGAACAAUACAUUCUACAAUUCAUCCGCGUGUCAAAAUAUAUGUAAGAAGGGGUUCGCUGACGGUAGAAUAAAUGAUAACCCCAUCAUCGGUUUUCGAAAUAAUCCAAAAUCUGGUCCUACUUUUCAAAGUUUAAAGUAACGACCGAGACAUCAAAACGUAAAUUCCAGGAUAGUGCGACCUAGGGUGGUCCUUAUUUGGGUCAUUUUUGAAUUUUGUUGCUCCCUAUAACCCAGAUGUCCGCAAUUGAAUAAAAAAAAAUGCUCGCGAAAGCUGGAGCUCGUAGCUCAAUCCUAAUUGCAAGUGCCCCCUUCCCCCCCCCCCCCCCCCCAACGUCUUCAAAUUGUCCCAUUUGAAUAACAUGCCGGUUUAGGGAUUUAACCGUCAUUAUUUCGUUUCUAUUACUGUGCUGCUACAAAAAAUCUGCGAAUUGCCGAAUCUCUUAUCUAUAUCGGCAGAUGAGCUACGAAGAUUUUGUGGAUUUUUUUGAUCAAAUAAUUGUAGUGUCGUUUUUUUAAAAAUGCCAUCUUCUGACGUAUAAUUGACAUUCAUCAUAUAUCUAUAGGUUCGACAAUUAUUUGAUACAAAACAUUCACACAAUAUAAUUAUAUACAUAACUUGUACUUAUACAUAUGUAUAAUAGAUAUAAAUAAGAGUUUGGGCAAUUUUCAGAUUUUUUAGAGCAGCACAGUAAUAGAAACAAAAAAAAAGACCGUCAAGUCUCAAAAACCUCGUGUUAUUCAAAUGGGGGAAUUCAAAGGCGUUGGGGGAUUACUUAGAAUUGAACUACGAGCUUCAGCUUUUGCGAGCGUUCCUUUUUAAUGAUUAUUCGUCGACAUUUGAGCUUUAGGGAGCAACAAAAUGAAAGAAUGACCCAAAUAAGGACCACCCUAGUGCAGCCGAUAUGUACGAAUGGAAAGUAUUGAUUUUGAAGGGUUGUCUCCAUUUAUUUCUCACUUCUUACAAUUAGUAUUCUUGUAAACGUUAGUUUUAUUUGUAUUAUUAAUGUUAAAAUUUUUGUAUUACUUAUGUAAAUGAACCCAUUUUAAUUCGAAAACUUCGCAUCUUGUAUAUCCGUUAUGUUACAACUUUCGUGUAAACAAUAAUCGGCUCGAUAACUUGCUUUGAUGCGAUUUGUGUGUUGUCAAAAGGAACGCCUCAUUCCCCCAUGCAUUCUGUAUACUAAUACACUGAUUGUGAGUAAGUUAGUUACUUAAUGCCAAUACACAGCACAAUAUUAUGAUGAAUGGCUCGCCGCUAUCACAUCACAGAACUGGUGUCAUUUGUGAGCACGAUGGAAUGCCGAAUUGGUUUUACUAGCGUAAAUUGAUUGAUAGACCUGCUCGUUCGUCUGGGUGUCGACGCGGCCGCAGAGGAUUAUAACCUACUAGCAUCCCCCGUCACGGAUUCGCUCGCAAUGUUUUUGUGCCGCGCUAUUCUUCAAAGAACUUGACGUAAGAAAGAGCAUGACGAGUAGAGUUUUUAGAAUGCAGAGAGCUCAGCAGCUUGCCACUUGUAAUUAGUGGUUUGAAUAAGGAGUUUACAGCAGGAAUUGAAUAUUACUUAUUUACUCACUGACACAUUUCAAUGAACUUCAAUGAAUAAUUUUUCAUUUUUUCAUAGCCUAUGGUACUUCAGAAUAAUACAUCAUCAAGCGACUGUUGAGAUUUUUUAUCGAUUGCUGAAGCAGUUUUUGAAAUUUUCGUAAACGCAUAAACAUACGCUUACUCUUCAUAUUUAAAUAUCGCGAUGACAUGAGAUGUGAUUAUUGUUAUUGGACUGUGGACAUUGAUUGUUGCACCACGUUAUAUACUUUCCAAGUAUAUGCCAAUUUAAUCAAGUACUGCAUUCUACUCAUACGAAAGAUGGAUCUGUAUUAUUCCUCUGUUUAAUAAGAACGACGUAGUUGACUAGAUAAUUGAACCGGUGGAUUGGAAUUGACAAUGUAUUUUCCAAUGGAAACAGUAAAACCUUAGUGUAGAAAGUUGUUUGAAAUCAUCGAUUAAGUUUUUCUAAGCAUAAAUUGUCGUAAAUUUUUCACUUUCAUUGUCAUAGCUAUUCAUUAUGCAAUAUCGAAAUCCAUAAACGAAGUAUGUUUGUUUUCAAACUAGACCAUAUAAGUAAUGUACUAUAUGGUACUACGUGCAAUUGUGUAUCUACGCAUACCCAUUGUUAAACAGAAUUGAUCAAAUAGCGAGGAUAUAUGUAUAAAAUCAGGCUCGUCAAAAAAAUUAUAAUUAUAAUCCUAAGCGAAAUACUUUUUUUUAGCAAUAAUAACGUUAAUAACGUGUAAUAACGUACAAAACUCAAACAGAAAUAGAAAUAGAAACAAAACAUUCAGUUAAAUUAAUCAUGCAAAUAACUGAGUCGCGGUUAAAUUUGACAAACAAUUGAGAUUCACCUCUACCGUUGCGCUGCUAUAAAUUCCCCUAGCGAUAUUUAGCGCCAACCUCGAUCAUAUCGCGUAGUGUCUUAUCACGUCAGCUAUGACUGAGGUUUGGUCACAUAGUUAUACAUAUGUGUGCCGUAUGAAAUGUUUUUUUGCCCAAAAUGAAAUAAUAGUGAAAAUUGUUGUUUGAUCGACAUAUCAGAUAUCAGCACCCCUUUUUGUGUCAUAUUUCACAUCUGUAAGAAUCUGUUUAAACAUAGAAUAGAUUGACUUAUUGAACUUAUUUUUUCUCCUGACUCAAUAGGCUUGGUUUACCCCCAGCUCUACGAUGUACUAUGUAAUAAAAAAAAGACUCGACGACAUUUUACGAUAAUUACUUUCAACUAGUUUGAGCCAUGAAUAUUAUUAUCAUCAUUGGUAUCGUCAAUAACUGAAAUCAUAGAUAUACAUCUAGAUAAACAUACAACAGGGGUACGUGUAUAAUAUUGAGUCAAGCUUUGUUUUUUGAUACUGCAACUAUUAAACAGAUGCAUUUUACCAACUAGGAAUGAGCCAUAGAUUAAAAAUUUCAUCGUAGGGUAAGUUGAGGAAAGAUGAUACACAAGAAGAGAUGGUACAUUUCUCGCUGUUACAAGCCUAUCUUGCCAACCGAGCUGGCUUUCAUUGUGAUUAUGAGCGCGUUGAGAAUAGAUAAACAAAAAAUUCGAGCGUUCAUCCAAUGGCCGCGGAUCUUCACAAAGUUAGAAAAGGCGGAAAAAUAGAAAAGGCGUACCAUCUCUCCUCGAUUUACCCUACGCAUAAAACAUUGACGAUUACAUCCAAACCAAUGAUAGGUAUGUCUUAUCUCGUUGAGGUAUUACGAUAAGACGAUUAGUUUGUUUGACAUAUACUAACAAAAAAGAACAAAAAAAAAAAAAAAAGAAGAAAAGUAAUAGAAAUCACGAAACAAAAAUUAUCUUUCUUGGCUUCAAUAAAUCUCACGGUAGACUAUUAGACGCAAUUAGUGAUUUCAAUAGGUGUUAUUUAUUGUAGAAUCAAAUCUACUAUAUUAUACAUCAGGGCGGGUUGAAAAAACUAAAAAUUGUUGGUGACCCCCAAAAAUCAAAGAUAUCGCUGAAAGAAAGUUCUCCGUGCAAGGAUUCGAUUUUUUUUUUAUUUUCCUGGGAGGCGCGUGGGACGCUCUAAAACGCCAUUUUUUGCAUAUAAUUCACUAUAUCGCUCAUAAACGGAAGCAGAUAAUUCCGAAGAUUCUGAAUGUUUUAUAUAAGGUGCCCGUACGUGUACUCUUUCGAAGCCACAUUACCUCAAUACAAAUGGUACAACCAAAUCGUUCAUAUCUUCGAAAAAAAUCUCCGAAAAUCAAUAUUUUCAUGAUUUUACAUUUAAUACGCAUUAUUAUGGGUGUUUUUUUUAUUCUAAAACACUUUUGUAUGUCUCCAACUUUUUUUUUGAUACCGACUGAUACCGAGUUUCAGCGGAGAAACAAAAUAGAAGACAUGAAAAUAUUGAUUUUCGGAGAUUUUUUUCGAAGAUGUGAACUAUUUAUUGAAAUUAGGAAAAUUGGCUUCGAAAGAGUACACACCUGGGCAUCUCAUGUAAAAAAUUCAGAAGUUUUGGAAUCAUCUUCUUCCGUUCAUGAGCGAUACAGUGAAUUUUAUACUAAAAAACGGUGUUUUUGAGCAUCCCGCGCGCCUCUUAUGAAAAUUAAAAAAAUCGAAUCGUCGCACGAAGAACUUUCUUUCAGCGAUAUCUUUGAUAUUUGGGGGUCGCCAACAAUUUUUGGUUUCUUCGGCCCGCCGUAUUAUAGGUACGUACGUACGUACAUAUUAAAUGAUAUUAUACUGAUACUAUACUGUAAUGUCUUGUAUAAAUGAACACCGGGAUUAUAAGUAAUAACAAUUUAUAAAUAAUAACAAUAAAUUUUGUCCAUAUCGAAAAAACGAUGAGCCGAUGGUGAAGAAGCGACGAAUUUUCUUUCCAUCGACAUAUAGCCUCAAUAUUAUGUAUGUAUAUUGUAAUGUAUCGUACAGUUAUGAAUUUCUCAAAAUUUUACAUACUCCGAUUGUACGUUAAAUCGACAAUAUAAUUCUGUAUUGAGGCUAUCCUUUAAUUAUAUUGACUUUUCUUUAUCUAUACGACUGUGAUAUAAAUAUAUUCGUGUCAUUUUAUUCUGUGACCCAGAUUUACAACACAAAAGGUAAACGUACAUUAAUAUUCUAUUAGGUUGGUACGACAGGUCGUCAUUAUUUUACGUAUGGAAUUGUGCUAAUAAAAUGUGAGUAGUUA